AUGACAGGAAUCAACUUUCGGACAAACAGGGACUGGAUGGCCCUGUACAAACAAGAUCUGGCAGAAAAGGCUAUCUCAGAAACAAGCACGCUCGAAGAAAUUGCAUGCUAUCUCUUCGUUAACCGCGAACAACCCGACCCUCAUCAGCUAUUGAUAUUAGCCAUAGAAAAAGUGGAUAAGGCUGUUCUGAAUGCUCUAGUCCAUAAUAUUAAUUUCAAAAUUGAUAUCAAUCAGCGCGAUGCUGAGCGACGAACAGCACUGACACAGGCUAUGAAAUCUGGCAACCAGGAAAUAGUUGAAUAUCUCCUGGAGAUCGAAGGGAUCGACAAAUUCGAUCCAACGGUGCUGUCAGCUUUGUUGAAGAGUCCUAAAGUCAAGGCCUGCUCUCAAGAUAAGGAAGCCCGAACGCCACUAAUCUGGAGCAUCUUUGGCAAUAGGAGUGAGAGCAUGAAACUUCUUUUAGAAGAAGACGACUCUGGAGUAACUACCCCUGAUAUAGAGGGACGAACGCUACUUUCAUACGCCUCAGAGAAAUGCAAUCUUGGCAUGGUGAAGUCUUUAUUAUAUAAAUGUAGCGGAAACGCGGACCAGCCUGAUCGUAAUGGGCGAACUCCGUUAUCUUGGGCAGUUCAAAGAAAGCCAGCGACAGUUCCCGUUUCUUUUAGAACAAAUUCGACGUUUUCGCAUCUUUCAACCACGUCGAGGGGCAUUAGGACAACUCCGGAGUCUCAGAAUAAGGAGAUCGUUGAGUACUUGAUCAAUACUGGACACGCGGACCCUCACUUCAAAGACAACAACAAGAGAACUCCAUUUUCAUGGGCAGUUGAGACUGAAAAUCUGGAUACUAUUAAAUACCUGGCAGACCAUCCAAAAGUCGACAUUAAUGAUCCUGAUAAAGAUCGGCGAACACCUUUAUCAUGGAGUGCAGGACAAGGACCUAUCACAGUAGUCGAAUACUUACUGUCAAUUGAUAGUAUAGAUGUCAUGCUUAAAGGCAAUCAGGGGAAAAGUCCGAUUUUCUGGGCCACCCGGCCAAACAACAAGCGGAUGAUCGAACUGUUCAGAAAAAGGGGCAUUAAAGCCUUACACACUAUGGUCACGAAAAGAGAUGAUCUUGAGAAAGUGAAACUUCUUCUUGAGGCUGGAUACGAUGCCUCUAGAGUGGACGCUCAAGGUUGCACGCCAAUGCGUCGCGCUGUUAAAGCUGGAAAUUUGGAAUCUGCGAAACUGCUUAUCCAUGAAUGCCCGCAGUCCGUGAACGAGAAAGAUAUGGACGACCGAUGA